GGAAAUGCAAUUAUCAGACCAUCAUCACAAUCUCUUUCACACACUAAUGAGGAAGCCCCAGAGUACACGCAAAUUAAAUUCAAGAAUGCCAGCCUUCAAAGUUUAGACAUCUAAGCAAAGAAAAAGAAACAAACCCAAAAAAGGUAGAACCGAAAAAAAGCAGUUGGAAUAGUUCCCAAAGAAGAAAAAGUUUCUGGUAUGGGCACUUUGGCUGCUCCUCCUCUGGUGCUUCCAUCAAACCUCAAGUCUAAAGAGGAAAGUAAUUCUUUCUUGGUGCAAGGAACAGGGAGAAGGAAAGGCAACAAAACCCAAUCUUCAGUCCCUGUGGCUAGAUUAUUUGGACCAGCAACAUUUGAGGCAUCAAAAUUGAAGGUAUUGUUCUUAGGAGUUGAUGAGAAGCAUCCAGGGAAGCUUCCAAGAACAUAUACACUUACACACAGUGAUAUAACCUCUAAGCUCACUCUUGCCAUCUCUCAAACCAUUAACAAUUCCCAGUUACAAGGGUGGUACAACAGACUACAGAGAGAUGAAGUGGUGGCAGAGUGGAAGAAAAUCAAAGGAAAGAUGUCUCUCCAUGUUCAUUGUCACAUAAGUGGUGGCCAUUUCUUAUUAGACCUCUGUGCUAGACUCAGAUACUACAUCUUUUGCAAGGAACUCCCUGUGGUUUUGAAGGCAUUUGUUCAUGGGGAUGAAAGCUUACUUGACAACUAUCCAGACCUACAAGAGGCUUUGGUUUGGGUAUAUUUCCAUUCCAACAUACCAGAAUUCAACAAGAUGGAGUGCUGGGGUCCACUCAAAGAAGCAUCACCGCCAUCCCGUGGGGUCAAUGGGUCCCACAAAUUAUAUGAUGAUCAUAAUCCCCAGCCAUGCAAGGAGGCUUGCAAUUGUUGUUUCCCACCAAUGAGUUUGAUUACAUGGUCACAAAAUGUAAAUGGUGGGAGCACAAUCAAUGGCAUGCACCAGAAGCAUCAGAAAUUUCUCUGGUGGUGGUUCUUUAUAUCUCUUUCAUUUGGAUUUAAAAUUUUGCGUAAAUGUAAAUAGUUAUCUAUCGACUAUGACCUUGUACGUACACUGGGUGUACUGGAUUGAA